AUGAUGCAGAACUUUUCUCACACCAUAUGGAUGGGCGACCUGGAGCCCUUUAUGGAUGAAACUUUCAUUCGCCAAGCCUUUGAAUUUCACGAUGAAAAGGUCGUAAGCGUCAAGAUUAUACGCAACAAGGCGACAGGUCAAACGCUUGGCUAUGGCUUUGUGGAGUUUUUGGAUGGUAUUGCGGCUCGUGAUGCAAUGCUGAAACUGAAUGGGAAACCAAUUCCAGGCAUCCCUGUAAUUGCCUUUCAUUUAGAAUUUUCUCUUUUCGUGGGAGAACUUACGGAGGAUGUGGACGAUCUAAUCCUGUUUAAUGCUUUCAAGAAGUACCCUUCCUGCCGCUCUGCUAAAGUCGUUAUGAACAACGGAAAGAGUAGGGGCUAUGGCUUCGUCCGAUUCGCAUCAGAGGCGGAUCAAGAUCGAGCACUGAUAGAAAUGCAGAACUAUUCAGGUCUAGGGUACAAACCCAUUCGUGUGAGCUUGGCCAUACCCAAGCGCUACACGGCUGAUGGACAACUCAUUCAAGCGGCCAAAGAUGAACAGGCGGCCGCGGCCUCCUCGUCGUCUCUCCUCCCAAGUGGUAUGCCGGAUCCCUUCACUGCAGCCGUGGCUGCCGCAGUGAGUGGGAGUUCACAGGCUCAGGCGGAGUACUAUCAGGCCUAUCAGCAGUACUACCAACAGUACUACGCGGCACACUUUGCGCACUACAACUAUGCAGGUGGGGGGGCAGGAGGCGGUGUUGGGGGCGAGGGAAGUGCAGGGGAACAGUCAAUCGCCGCUGCGGCUGCCACUCUUGCCUCUUCCUAUGACGGUGUCUUUGCCGCUGCUGCUGCUGCUGCCAAUGGGGCUGAGGAUCCGCUUUAUGAGCACACUCCAGAACCUUCCUCACUGUCAGCGGCAUUCGAUCGGCCUCGACAUGUGCAAGACAUUGACGAAUGCUUCAGUUUCCUGGAAGCGUCGCGAUGGGACUUCACGAAUCCGGACCUACCUCUUCUCAUCAGCUCUGUUCCUUAUUGA